AGAAUUGAGAGGGUGAGUGAGAGGGAGUCCCCAUUUUUGGUUAAAAAUCAGAAGAGCGCGAGUUUUCCCUCCCUUUUCAAAACCCUUCGUUUCUCUUAUUUUCGUCUUCCCUCUCUUAUUUUUUGUUCACCGACUCUUUCAAAUUCUCAGUUUCAGAAAGCCAAACCCCAAAUUCAUUUUCAUUCUCGCUCCUAACCUUAUUCAUUCUUCCAUGGAUCCCAAACCACCUAACCCUAUUUCCUUCAAUUCGUCGGAUGAGGAGUUUCCUCAUCGAUCGCAGCCGUCUUCUCCUCAAUCGGACGCCAUGCCUCGUCAAGAUUUCCAAACUAGGUCUUCCUUCGAUUCUGAAUUGGCAGCAAUUGAUGAUCUUUCUUUGGCUCCUUCCGAUUCCCCUAUCCAAACCCUAGCUAGUGGUCAGUCUUCCAUUCCAAUUGAGCCCGAGCCGAUUUCUGCUGUAGAUGGCGAGUCGUCGUCUUUGGUUCCUUCAUUAAAACAGGGUUUAAAUGGUGAUAACUUAUCUUUCGCUAGGGUUGAAGAAAAAGAAGCUCAGAGGGAAGAAGAUUCGCCCACUUCGCCUUCUUAUUGUGUUGAAGGUGGUUUAUCGAAUUAUGAUCCAAACCCGCAUUGGUCUCCAUUUGCCGACAUUUCAUUUUAUAUUCAUGAAGCGAGACCCUCCAUGGUGGGUGCAGGACUGAUCAAUUUGGGCAAUACGUGCUUUAUCAAUGCAGUUCUGCAAUGCUUUACUCAUACCGUGCCUCUGGUGAAGGGGCUUCGUUCUUGUAAACAUGACAUGCUCUGUAGAAGUGGAUGCAGAGAGUUCUGUGUUAUUUGUUCUAUGUACGACCACAUUCAACUUUCCAUAGAAUCUUCGGGAGGUUGUAUUUCGCCGUUGAAGUUUGUUGAUAAUUUGAAUCACUUCUCGACUUCUUUCAUGAGAUACCAACAGGAAGAUGCCCAUGAGUUUUUGCAGUGCUUCUUAGAUAAACUUGAGAGGUGCUUUUUAAAUUUUAAUAAAGAGGAAAAAACUACUCCUCCAAUUGAAAACCUUGUGCAAAAGGUUUUUGGUGGUCGUCUUAUAAGUAGACUUCAGUGCUGCCACUGUGGUCACUGUUCGGACACUUUUGAACCUCUGAUUGAUUUGAGUCUGGAGAUUGAAAAUGUAGAAAGCCUACCUAGUGCUCUGCAGUCUUUCACUAGUGAAGAAAAGAUUGGAGAUUCAGAUACUAAGUUCACAUGUGAAAAUUGUAAGGAAAAGGUGGCAGUGGUGAAACAGCUUAUGGUAGAUCAGGCCCCAUCAGUUGCUGUGUUUCAUUUAAAAAGAUUUAAGAAUGAUGGAUCUUAUGUUGAGAAGAUUGACAAACAUGUGAAGUUCCCUUUGGAGUUGGACUUGCAGUCAUACACUACCAGUGCUAGUAGUGAUGAUGUGGAGUUGAUAUAUGAUCUUUAUGCAAUUGUUGUUCAUGUUGGGUUAUCAUCCAUGUUUGGGCAUUACUUCAGCUUUGUUCGGUCCUCUCCAGACACAUGGCACAGGUUGGAUGACUCUAAGGUUACUAGGGUCGAAGAAGAAUUUGUUCUAUCUCAGGAUGCAUACAUUCUUUUCUAUGCAAGGCGUGGCACUCCCUGGUUUUCAAGUUUAGUAGGUGCAGAAAUGAAAUCUUUAGAUCCAGCCAUUUUAUCUACAUCACCUCAGUCGGUUCUAGAUGCUGUUGAGAAUACUUGUCCACUUCCUAAUUCAGCAUAUAUCAAUGAUGCUUCAGUUGCACCUGAUGUUGUUAGUUGUUUACCAAAACUAUCUUGUGUCAAUCAAAAUUUCAUUACUACACCUAUUGGAAAAAAUGAUUGCCCUGGAGUUGAAUCCAGCAAAGCAGAAGCUAGUGGUGUAAAUUGCAUUACUACACCUAUUAGGGAAAAUGAUUGCCAGGGAGUCGAAUCCAGCAAAGUAAAAGCUAGUGAUUUAAAUUGCAAUGCUACACCUUUUAGAGAAAAUGAUUUCCAUGGAGUUGAAUCCAGUGAGGUAAAAAUUGGUGGAGAUGAUGUUUUCCAUCCUCUUACACCGCCAAGAUCUCAGAGUCCAGAAUUGUUUUCUUUUGAGACUCCAGCGUCAAGUUUUCAAAUUCCACGUGACCAUCUGAAAUCUGAGGAGCGAGCUACUACACGUAAAAGAUUGUCGAACAAGGUGCCUGAUGAUUCAAAGACCAAGGAGGCAAUAAGAUACCUUUCGAAGAGUAUGCCUAGCUCGAGGGGCAGUAAACUCUUGGAUGCCAUGUGCAGGCCUCAAAGUGCAGGUGCUUCAAGGAAGAAGAAACGAUUGGUCUCGCCAUGUAAAAGGGCUGGCCCUGCUAAUGCUCGACAUAAAUCAAGCCAUGGAUCCGUAGUGCAUCCUGUGGCUGCAGUUCUACGCUGACUGUUUCUUAUAGAGAUCGGUUAUAUUUUUGGCCUUGUGUUCUUUACCAAAGUGUAUUUUGUUCAUAUGGAAAGGCUUUGAAUCUAUAGAGUACUAAGAGGGUUUGUCUCUUUAUUGAGUUUCAACUUUGUGGUUGGUGUAACCUAGUUUGUAGAAUCCGACAACCAAUUUUAUAAACUAAUAAUAUUUCACAAAUGUAAAGUUCUUUGAUUGUGAUAUACCUGGUUUUAGAAUCAGUCGGCAAUUGAGAUAGCGUUUUAUUUUC